UAAGGCCGCGUUUGGAAUGAUACUGGGGAAUUCUGAUUUUGCACCAAGUAAAUUGCUCUGCUCCGCUCUUCAUGCUCUGUCAAGUAGAAAAGUGCCUUAGAAACACCUUUCUUCUUCUCAAACCUUCAAUUUCUUCUGCAUUUCUCCAUGCUUCUUCUGAAAUGUCUCCUCCUGCUUCUUCCUCCAAAACAAGUAUGUGUAUAUCACGAGUUGGAGUACAGCAUUACGUAGACUCAGCUGCAAAGUCUGACAUUGAGAUUCUUGUGGCCAAAGCCCGUAAUGGAAGCUCUGAUGCUGAGGUUCUGCAAUCUCUAGUUCAUGAUCAAUCAUGUAGUGCUAUACAUGUUACUCAGGAUCUUGUUCAUAAAUUGCUCCACAGGUUGAAGGAUGACUGGAAAUCUGCUCUCGCUGUUUUUAGAUGGGCUGAAUCUCGUCCAGGCUAUAAACACACAUCGGAGGCAUGUGAUAUGGUGGUGGAUGUACUUGGAAAAGCCAAAAAGAUGGAUCAGAUGAAAUCAAUCAUGGAGGAAAUGCGUCGGAGUAAUCUCGUAUCGCUUAACACAGUUGGUAAGGUUAUGAGAAGGUUUGCUGGUGCUGGUCAAUGGGAGGAUGCGGUGAGAACAUUUGAUGAAUUAGGUAAUUUUGGAUUGAAGAAGAACACGGAGUCCAUGAAUUUGUUACUCGACACUCUUUGCAAAGAGUAUAGGGUUGAGCAGGCUCGUGCUGUGUUCUUGGAGCUCAAAUCAUACAUCGCACCAGAUGCUCACUUUAACAUUUUCAUCCAUGGCUGGUGCAAAGCCAAUCGGGUUGAUGAAGCACAUUGGACAAUUCAAGAGAUGAAGGGCCAUGGAUGUCGUCCUUGUGUGAUUAGCUACUCAACAAUCAUUCAGUUUUACUGCCAACAAACUGAUUUCAAGCAUGUCUAUGAACUGUUCGAUGAAAUGCAAGCUCAAGGUUGUCCCCCAAAUACAGUGACUUACACCACUGUAAUGAGUUCAUUAUCCAGGUUAGAGAAAUUUGAAGAAGCAUUACAAGUAGCCGAUAGAAUGAGAGCAGCUGGAUGUAAACCUGAUACUCUCUUUUACAAUUGCUUGAUUCAUACGCUAGGGCAAGCUCGUCGGCGGACAGAGGCUGUUCGAGUUUUCGAAAAGGAGAUGGCAAAAAAUGGUGUUUUCCCUAAUGUAUCUACUUAUAAUACCAUGAUUGCUAUGUUUUGCCGUCACAAGUUAGAAGAUAAGGCAUUCAAGAUUCUGGAAGAGAUGGAAAAAUCUAAGCAUUGCAGGCCUGAUGUUAUGACAUAUUACCCAUUGCUCAAGUUGUGUUUUAGAACUGGAAAUUUAGAUAAUUGGUUGAGGAAAUUACUGGAUGCUAUGGUCAAUAAGCAUCAUCUCAGUCUUGAUGUUUCAACCUAUACACUUUUAAUUCAUGGCCUUUGCAGAGCAAAGCAGAUCAAGUGGGCUUAUCUUUUAUUCCAGGAGAUGAUUGACAGGGAUAUAACACCGAGAUAUAAGACCUGCUGUUUGCUUUUGAAUGAAAUCAAAGAGAAGGAUAUGCAUGAAGCUGCUCAGAUAAUUGAAGAAUUCAUGAAGAAUUUCUGAAUUUUCCACGACAAUCAUGUUCAGGUAGUCGAUACUUUUUAUGGGUCUUUCCUACCAUCAUAACUUAGCAUUUCUUUUUGACCCAUAACUAUCUAGGAAUUGAACUAAUGCAUAAUAUUGUCGCAGCUAAGGCUAUUUUUGAAACAAAUUUAUGAUUUCUAUGGAAUUUUUUGUGAAUACACACUUAAUUUGUGUAAAUUCUCUGUACAAUAACAAAAAGUUUGACUCCUAAAGAAUUAUUUCAUAUGAAUUUGGAAAAAUAGAUUCUAAUUGCACAUAGAAUU